UCUUUGUCCGCAUCAGAGAAUUUAAUCUAGGUCAAAAUCACUAUUGGGAGAUCGCAUCCAACCUCAAAAUCACCAAUACAAAUCCACGUGCAUUGCCACGCUGCGUUGUAGAAGUCCCUCUUUGUCGGAAUCUUGAUGCAUAUAACUGCUUUUAUUGAAGGGAACCCUAACCUCCAUAUUUGAACAUGGACCAUCUUUUUGAUUUAAUCUGCUAAUUUCAAAUCUCAUGUUGUUAAGUCUUCCUUCCGGUUCAUUUAUGCAGCCAGCUAUCUACAUCACAAGUUUAGCUGCAGUUGAAGUGCUACGAGCUCGUGAUGGAGGUCAGGCAAUAAUUGAUUCUGUGGAUGUCACGUGUGGUCUAAGCUUAGGGGAAUACACUGCUCUUGCAUUUGCUGGAGCUUUCAGCUUUGAGGAUGGGCUCAAGCUGGUCAAGUUAAGGGGUGAAGCUAUGCAGGAUGCUGCUGAUGCUGCUAAAAGUGCCAUGGUUAGUAUCAUUGGAUUGGACUCCAAAAAGGUGCAACU